UUCUCUACAAUGAAUAAUCAAACCCCAAGACGUACAAACCAUCAACUUAGUUCAAGUGGAAAGUCAAAUUCACAACGUGAAAGUUUAAAUUCCCAACGUGACAACUCAAAUUUGCGAUGUGAAAAUGCUUUGGUAGAGGCUAAGUUUGUCAAUUACGACCAUUUCAACAGACUUCACAAUGAAGCAACUGCUGACAUCAGAAAAUUACAAGAAAAACAGGACGAACUCAACGCUACAAUUAAAUCUAUUAUUCUCAGCAGUGGGGCUUAUAAUCUUCAAGCACAAACGUUAAUUUUAUUUUUAAAUUUUUUUUAA